CAUCUAUGAACGCUCAAGUUCAUGUUGUGCGCUUCUUUUGCGGUUCCGUAAUAAAUAAAAGUUUUAUUAUAUAAAUAUCAAUAGAAUAAUAAUAAAAGAAAUAUAAUUGCAGUAAAUUGUGUCAUCAUUAAAAAUGUAUACGUAAAACGAACACAAGCAUGCUAGGAGAUAUUCAACUUACUAAACGUUUGGUUGUUAUUGCGAUUGUCCUCGGCAUUAUUUUAAUUUUAAAGGAGUACGUGUUUGUAUUUCCAUUAUGACACAGCACAGGGUAGCGUAUUUUUACAACCCGGACGUGGGUAACUUUCACUAUGGCCCGGGGCAUCCAAUGAAACCCCAUCGGCUGUCUGUAACACAUAGUUUGGUGCUCAACUAUGGCUUGCACAAGAAAAUGCAAAUAUAUAGGCCCUAUAGAGCCAGCGCACAUGAUAUGUGUCGGUUCCACAGUGAGGAUUAUAUAGAAUUUCUUCAAAAUGUAACCCCACAAAAUAUUCAGAGUUAUUCCAAAGAUCUCUUGCACUAUAAUGUGGGUGAUGACUGUCCAGUAUUUGAGGGCCUAUUUGACUUCUGUUCAAUGUAUACGGGAGCCUCUUUGGAAGGAGCAAUGAAACUAAAUAACAAUGCUUGCGAUAUUGCAAUUAAUUGGUCUGGUGGACUGCAUCAUGCAAAGAAAUUUGAACCUUCAGGAUUCUGCUAUGUAAAUGACAUAGUCAUAGCCAUACUAGAGCUACUCAAGUACCAUCCUCGCGUGCUAUACAUCGAUAUAGACGUCCACCACGGUGACGGUGUGCAAGAGGCCUUCUAUCUCACAGAUAGAGUGAUGACGGUCAGCUUCCACAAGUACGGGAACUACUUCUUCCCAGGAACGGGGGAUAUGUAUGAAACGGGAGCAGAGAGUGGUAGAUACUUUUCGGUUAAUGUGCCAUUGAAAGAGGGUAUCGAUGAUCUGAGUUAUGUACAGGUAUUCAAACCCGUAAUAUCCAACGUGAUGGAGUUCUACCGUCCCGCGGCCAUCGUGCUACAGUGCGGGGCGGAUUCCCUCGCCGGCGACAGGCUUGGUUGCUUCUCUUUAUCCACUAGAGGCCACGGGGACUGUGUAAAGUUUGUGAAGAAUCUUAAUCUGCCUACGCUCGUGGUUGGCGGUGGGGGCUACACAUUACGUAACGUAGCGCGAUGUUGGACAUACGAAACGUCACUAUUAACGGAUGAGGAUAUCUCCAAUGAGUUACCGUAUACUGAAUAUUUGGAGUUCUUUGCUCCAGAUUUUCAGUUGCAUCCUGAAGUCACUGGAAAUUCAACAAAUGCAAACAGCAAGCAAUAUUUGGAAGCAAUCACAAAGUAUGUGUAUGAUAAUCUCAAGAUGUGUCAGCACUCGCCCGCCGUCCAAAUGACGCAUAUUCCAGGUGACUUCUUCCCUGAAGAAGAGCGAAUGAAAGAAGAACCAGAUCCCGACAUCCGCAUCAGCCAAGAGGAAGCGGACAAAAUGGUGGAGCCCAAAAACGAGUUUUAUGACGAUGAAAAAGACAACGACAAGGAGAUAUUGCCCGAAGUUAAGGAGCCCUAGCAUACGAUCGACCUCACAGACCCGCUGGCCACCUGACACGGCAAGUUCAGGCGGUACCGCGAGCUUGUGGGCGAGGACAGUGUAGAGACAAGUGACAGCAUAGUGCUCAGUGAAUAGUGACUCGGCUAUAGUGCGUGUGUAAAAAACUUGGCUAACACAUUGCCAAGUGAAGGACUAGCAUACAAUCGACCUCACAGACCCGUUGGCCACCUGACACGGCAAGUUCAGGCGGUACCGCGAGCUUUUGGGCGAGGACAGUGUAGAGACAAGUGACAGCAUAGUGCUUAGUCAAUAAUGUGUGUACAACACUUGGCUAACUCAUUGCCAAGUAAAGGACCCCAGCAUAUCUAUAGUGUGAAUGUGCAUUGUUUAGCACAACAGUAGUAGAAAGUGCUUACAACUACAGUUAUUGAGGUGCGAAUUGCUUAUUACAUUGAACUAAAGCUAAUGUGAUAAUUGCUUAUGAGAAAACUACAACCUGCAAUUUCAAAAUAAUAUUGAGCUCAGGAAAUAGCGUGAGCUUGUGGGUGAUGUUUGGAAAGAGAAGUGCUAUGAAAACAUUUGACUCAAUUUUAGUGAUGCUUUAUUGAAUUUUGUGAGACACAUUUAAAAGAUCUCGAGAGCUUGUGCGAAACACUAGCAAGAACAAUGAUAAAUUAAUGAAAUAUGAUAAGUGAUAGUGCAGAACAAUUUCCUAAUGGAACAUAGUGAAAGACGUUGGCAAAUACAUAGUAACUUAGUGAAUAAAUUGAAUACUAGACUACAUCAGACACAGUGCUUGCAAUAUUUUAAAACUUAUGCCAUAGAUUAGUUAACAGACUAGCAAUUAAUAAAAAAGUGCUUCUUAUAGAAUUUUUAUAUAAUAGAACAUAGCAAAUAUUGAUAGAUCGCUAUGGAAUAAUUGCAAGUCUACAUGCAAAUGUUGUAAAUUUUAUCACUAAUAAUAACUUCCAUUAAUGGCAAUUAUUAAUAAAUAAUAAUUUUAACUGAAUCCAGUAUUGGGACUUGCAUGAUAGCCUCCUAUAUACCUACCACUUUUCUCAAUUUUAUUGUACAUGGUCAUAACGGAUAAGUUAGAAAGCGCAAAGUAAUCCUGUAGUGGUGAAACUGGCUGUUA